GGGCAAUUAUUAGGCAAACUGAGACCGAAUCCAAAUUAAAGGUUGAUAAUGCAUGUUCCAAACAUUAGUCAUGUUUCUCAUUACCUAGCAGCUGAAAGUAUUGUGUAAAUAAAACACAUUACAAUUAGGUUAUGUUUGCAUCCACUGGAGUUGAAAGAAAUCUAUCGUUAUGAAUAUGUCUGCUGAAACUUUUAAAACAUUAAGUAUUGAUAUCUUCAAUUAAUUAGAUGAAUUUAUAUCAUAAAAGUCUGGGAUUUUACAAUAUACUAAACCAGAUAGUAUUAGCUAGUGGUAAACAGACAAAAGCACUGUAAACUAACUAGGUAGAGGAAGUGUAUCUCACAUCAAACAUGCUAUUCAUCUCCCAGCUAGCUAUGCUCAAGUACUACUCAUGUGGUACAUGUACAUAUAAACGCAAACAACAAAAACACAGCGGCCAUCUUCCUACAUCUUAACUUGGCAAGCACUACUGCUAGUUCGGCUACUAGCUAUAGCUAGCUAGCCAUCUAGUACUGGUACCAACCAACAAGUGCAGAGCUCGAUCAAACCAACCCAUGGCAUGAACUCCACCGCAACCGCGAUCCAUCUACCUAGCAGAUGGCUGCCAACUACUACUGGGGUAUGUGGGGCGCCGCCACUACCAGUAGUACAGCUGCUCCCUGCCCGGCGCCGGCGUCAGCAGCUGAGCCGUCUUGGGAGGAGCAGGCGUUCGCGCGGGACGCCGCGGGCCACCUUGGUGCCGGCUGCGUGUGGCCGCCGCGCUCCUACACCUGCACCUUCUGCCGCCGAGAGUUCCGGUCUGCUCAGGCGCUCGGCGGCCACAUGAACGUGCACCGCCGCGACCGAGCUCGUCUCCGGCAGUGCGCCUCCCCGCCAGACCAUCAAGCACAGCCCCAGCCCACAAGCCCUCAUGAUCAUCAUGAGCACCUUCAGCCAGGGAUGCAGUAUAGGGCGGCAGUGCGCCCUAAAUCUCCACAGGAUCAGCAGGCCAGCAUGAUAGGCCCCUCUACUACCUCUCCUUCCUAUAUAUCCAGCAUCAUCAAAGAGAGCAGGAACAAGGUGUUCAUCUCCAUGCCUGCUGAGGAAGCCUCGGAAAGCGGCGAUGAGGGGGAAAGGAGGAAGCGCAGGCGUGUCGUCGAUCAGCCUCCAGCGGUGGCGCUGCCGUUCUUCCUGCGGCGUUCACCAGCAUCAAGUGAAAGAGAGGGAAUGCAAGGAGCUGACGACGGUGAUACAAAGGUACCCAAAGCAGCCCCAAGCCCUAGCCCUCUCCUUCUUGGAGUAGGCCGGCAAGAAGUGGAUCUAGAGCUUAGGCUUGGGACUAGCUAGCUGCUGCUCCCAAAGUUGCAUGAUUUAAUCUUCUAAUUUUGCACUUCCAACUCGAUCGUGUGCGUGGGUGUUCAUGCUUCAGUUCUUCUUUUCCCCCUCGGCCUCUAUUUCCUUUGUGCUUAAUUCUUUUUGAUUGCCCUUAGUCAAUUUAUCCGAAUCCAAAGGCUUGUUUCUCUACAUAUGUGUGUAUAUAUGUAUGUCGAUCGAACUCUGCAAAAGCUCAAAUCAAAUCAUGUUACAAUUUGUACCUCC